AUGUCGCUUCGAAGAACUUCCGAUCCGGAGCAGGGGCCUGAUGACCAUGGUACUGAGCUGGACGACCUAUCCAACGCCAUCCUCCGCCCCGCCGCCGCUGCCGCCUUCGACGAUAUCCCUCCCCCUCCUCCUCUCCUCCUUCCCUUUCCCCGAGUCGAUCGGGCCCCCCGAGCGCAUGCUGUCGCCGCCGCCGACCCGCCUGCUCACCGUCUGUCGCCCUCCUCCUCCUCCUCCCACUCCUCCUCUCCGCGCCGCCGAUCGACUCGGGUUCGUCGCCUAAUUCAGUACUAUAGUCGUUAG